UUAAAGGCGUGUACCACUGCUGUCAGGCUUGCUUUGUUCUUUAUAAAUUACACAGCCAGUAGUAUUCUCAGAAAAUGGGCUAAGAUAGGAAAUUGGUGCCAAGAACAAAUGAGUAGAGGCUGAAAGAAUUUAGAAGAGCUCAGGAAAUGAAUAAUCUAAAUGCCAUGAACAUUUAGGUCAUGAGGGAUGAGAAGAUAAGAAAACUAGGGGAAAUUUGGAAAGUUGUAGAUUAUCUGAGGUUGUGAUCAUCGGAAUGGUGAGAAAUGUGGAAGUGAGGAUAUCCUUUAUUGGAUAUUAGAGAAAAAGCAAAUAAUAGUGAGUUGUGGGUGUCCUAGGAUAUUGCAUUGUAAAUCCCAAACCUUUGGGCUGCUAUGAUUACUUCAGCUGUGUGGUCAUGUAAGCUUGGAAAAGAAUCAUUUAAAGGCAAAUUCUAAUUUAUACUCUAAGAAGGAAGCAGAGUGUAAAGUUUAGGGACUGUAGUGAGGGAAUGCAAAGGAUGAAAGCACAUUCAGCAGAGAACCUCAAGCGGUGGCCAAGUGACUGUUUACUAAAGACACAGGCACCCAGCAGGAAGCCGGUGUUUAUUGCCAUUCCAACAGGAUGGAGAUCUCAGUGGGAUCCCAGAACUUCUCUGUGCUGGCUGGGUCUGGUCUGAGGAGGAGAGAGGCUGGUUUGGGGGAACAGGCUCUAAGUACUCUCCAUUGGCUCGCCAUUCGGAGCUGUCAGGGAACUCUGCCCCCUGAACCCCUGAACCCCACCCAGUACAGAGUUGACCACUCUCCCUGUGGCUCACACAGAUCCAGAUCCGGCUGGUGCUGUCACUGUUCUACAGGGAGCAUACUGUCAACCUUGGCAGGCAUGUUAGCUUUCCACUGUGGUAAACACUGAAGACAAUCGACUUAGAAAAGAAAAGGGUUAUAUGACUUAGCCUGGUGGUUUGGUUGACCCCUUUGCUUUGGGUUUAUAAUGAAGCAGCAGCGCAUUACAAUGAGGAGAGGCUGGAAGGGCAAGACUGAUUAUCUCAUGCCCAGGAAGUGGACAGGAAAUGAUGAGAGUCUUACAGUUCAUACCUUGAGUGACCUAAGAUUGCCGUGAGGCCUCACCUAUGAAAGUGUCCCAUAGUUCUACUCUAGGAAGCCCUAUCCUUUAACAUGUGGGCCAGAUCCAAACAAGAGCAGGAAAAUUUACAUCCAUGCAUAUAAUGUUAACUCCAGACUAUAGACUAUGGGGUCCAUCAGCAUUUUAAAAUGUUUGCCAACUGCCUGGGGGAGGCUAGGCCUAUAUUAUAAGAACCUUUGCAGGGAUUUCCUGCUAGGGAGUCAGAGUUUGACUAUCAACUGUCGCCAUGGCUCCUGUUCCAGAACACCUGGUGCCUAGCCGGUGGUUAGUCUGGGGAGGCUCUGGAUCCUUUUGAACUGUGGCCUCUUUGGCAGUAGGUUACUAGGAGGUAAUAGAUAGACCGACGUCUGCCCUUGCCAAGACUGUUUCCUGAUCUACGUAGCUGUGAGCACCUCUACCACAGGGCUUCUGCUGUCGCAACCCCACCACGCACUGCACAUCUUCAGGUGUCUGUCAGCUGUUUCUCUGAUGAGAAAAGUGAGGAACCCCGAGGACAACGUGGUGGAGUGGAUCCCCAGAAGCCCUGCCCUGUGUGCACCAGCCGGGGAAAGACAGUCAGCAGUGGGCAGCCAGCCUCGCACACAGCCCAGGAGGUUGAUCCCAGCAAAGCUGUGAGGGCAGGGUGCCCAAGACCUCGAAGGUGCGUCUAGGGUGUCAUGAGGCAGCCUAUGGAAUGAAAGACUAUUCUGGAAUUUUGUGAUUCAUAGUCCACCCUGCGGUGAUUCAGACUUGCUUUGAUUCCGCUAUACCUUUGCCUUCUCCUCUUUCUCCCUUUUGGCAUAGGGAUGUUUAUACUUUCUGCCCCACUGCUACCCAUAGGUGGCUUGGGGUGGAGAUAAUUGCCUCGUACUUAAGGAGGACACGGGUGGAAUGCAGUGGUUUGGAUCUGGAUUGCCCGUGUCAAAACCCAGUUGGAAUGUGUUCCUUAUUGAGAGGUGGUGAGGCAGUUUUGAAGAGUUCAAGAUGCAAGCAUGCAGCUACAAAAGCAACAAAACGAAUUUCAGAGAGUACAGAAAGAAUUAGGUUGUCUACAAUAUGAGUUAAAAACUAAACAAAAACAAUCCAAAUUCUUCAGUCAAAGAUUGUCAGAAUACAAAUACUUCUGGAAUAAGACCCUUUUAUUACUUACUUUUACUAAAAGGGAACUAACCAGUAUUAAAUAUGAAAUAUGUGAUAAUUUUCAAAACUGGACUGCACUGAAAGGAGAAGUUUUUCUACAGAUUAAAUCUAUAAGUGACACAGCCUUGGCAGAGAUAGAUAUGUUAAACAAAAGUCUGACGGUUUCCCAGAGGAGUAAGGUAUGCCUGGAAGAGGAAAUGAAAAAUCUCAAAUUGUUGUCGGAUGCAGCCAUACUGAGGUCUCGGCAGAUGGAGGCAUCGAAGCAGCAUGAAGUAAACUUGCAAGCCCGGUGCUAUGACCUGCAGAAGGAAGCCCUAGACUUGCAGUGUCAAGUAGAGGCCCUUGGGCUGAGACUUCAGAAGACAGUGAUGGAGCUGGACCACUGCAAAGAGACACUCAUGAAAAAAUCUAACGACGCUGAUAACUGUCAGAGAGAACUUAGAAAACUGAAGUUUGAGUCUGUUAUCUCUGAGUCAAGGCAUAGUCGGCUACUUAAAGAAAAGGAAGACUCUUUAAUGACUUGUCAACAACUGUAUAAAACUCUCCAGGAAGAGCUGACUGCAAAAGAGAGACAAGAAGAAGAUAUAAAAAGGAGACUCAGCCUUGCAGAAAACGAACUAGAGAUGACCAAAACUCGCCUGCAUCAGACACAGGAAGAGAUUUUAACCCUGAAAAACGAAAGGGAGCUGAUGCUGGUUGCCCAUCAGAAAAGCAUCGAGCAGAUGCAGGAAACCCUGAGACAGAAGCUGCUGAGUGAUGACAGCUGGCGGGAGAAGAUCGAAGCUGAGCUUGCCAAGGAAAGAGCCCGGCAUCUCAUUGAGUUCCAAGAGCAAACUCUCCUCUUUAAGAAAGAAGCUAAACUGGAACUCGACAUUGAAAGAGAAAAACACCAGGAGAUCAUCCGGAAGUACCAACAAGAACAAGAGAGCCUGAAGAUGAAGAUAGCGGACUUAAUCUCAGGCGCUACCAAAGACCUGAAGCUCGAAGUGGCCUCUCUCCAAGAAAAGCUCCAAGAGUCCCAGGCACGGUACACAGAAGAGUCGGAGUCAAAGAAAAAGGAGAUCGAAGACCUGAAAAGUCUGGUGGCAGAACUCGAGCUUCGCUUGAAGCAGGAAACCAGCCGCGGCGAUUCAGUUUCAGAAGACUUGAAGAAGGAAAUGAAACAGAAGUCAGACGAGCUGGAAAGAGUGAUGCUGGCCCAAACACAGCUGCUGCAGCAGUUUAGCCAGUCCCAGGAAGAGAACACCUUUCUCCAGGAAACAGUGCGCAGAGAGUGCGAAGAACGCUUUGAACUGACAGAGGCUUUGAGUCAAGCCAGAGAACAGCUCCAGGAGCUCAGGAGGAGUGGCGGAAGCUUACCGUGUUCCCUCGACAAGGGCACCCUAACCUACCCUGCCACCGCAGCCAGUAAUCACCAGGAGCGGAGCAGCAGCAGCGUGAGACAGAGCUGCGGACGAGGCGCCAACACACCCAGCCUGCGUGGACUGCCAAAACCCACUGCUUCCCCAACCCCAGAUAAGCUCAAGAAGGUCAGCAGCUCCGGGCUGCCCGCCCUUCCCCAGCGGUAUCCUUCCAGGGGCCGAGCAUCUUCGGUAAACGAGGCCAGGCAGAGGCUGACUGCCAUCUUUCUCCGGAGGCUGAGUCAGCAGUGACGACCCCGAGCCAGGAGCAGUUCCCUGCCCUCCCGCGGACACACCCUUUGACAGCAUGCCAGAGACUCACUGUAACCGGGUGCCCGGAAACAAACGUGACUGUAGAUAUAUUUGACAAACAAUGUAUAAAAAAAGAAAGAAAAAAGAAAAGCUAGGAACUGUGGGGCCACGUUCCAAAGGCCCUUGGAAACUGCAACAGAUAAUGAAGUUGGUACUCAAGAGGGUUGGUUUUCUACCUUCAUGCAAAGUAUCCUAGGCUCUGCAAGUCAGGCCUUUGAGGCUUCUGGCCCUCAGUCGCUUCCUGACUCUCAUCCUCCCCUCCUUCCUUUCAUAACAAGCAGAUCACACACACACACACACACACACACACACACACACACACACACACACACACACACGAAAAGUAGAUUAUAUUGAUUUACUUGGUAUUUGUUCAUUUGUUUAUUGAACUAGAUGGAUGUGAUAAGCAUAUUCCAAAUAGGGAAAAGAAAGUCCUUCAUUUCGAAAGUAGUUACUUCCAAUGCUCACAGAGCUAAUAAACCAUCAUCAAAUGCCCCUUCCUCCCAGCCUACCUGGUUAUCUGGCUGGGUCAGAAGCAAUAAUAGAAAGCCUCUCGGAAGACCAUCAUGUACCCGCGAGGCUGCCCCCCCCCGCUCUAAAAUGACGGUGACUCCCGUUCAGGGAAAAGUGAUUUGAUUCUCGGAUCGUGAGUAUCAUUUCCGUUCAGGGAAAAGUGAUUUGAUUCUCGGAUCGUGGGUAUCGUUUUGGUGGCUAUUGCCUUGACCGAAUGAUUUCUGGUGUACAGCUGAGAUGUACUGAACUUUACACUCUCCAGCGGUUGAGAACUAGCACAAGACAGCUCAGUAAAAAGAACAUAAAGCUAACCUGGACUCAGAAUUGACUGCCCCUGGAAACGGGUAGCUGAUUAUUCCCGGGGUGAGAAUGGAAAACGAGGUCUGCUGUUUACAGUUAUCUUAAAGCUAUACCAGCCCAUGGGGUAGCUAGUGCGAAUCCGGAUUUUCCGCCUGA